UAGGAAUGGAAAGUUCAUUUUUCUUGUUUUUUACAAAACACAUUAUUUGUACAGUAUGUAAGUGCAUCUAAAUAAACGCAACUGCUGAAAUCAUAUUGGUUAUGUCUUUAAUUCAUAAAUCAAGAUCUUAUCAGAUUUAAACGUGAUUGAGAAGCUAUAUUGUGGUGCGGGAUUGUACUGUGGCGACGCAAUACACCAAACAUUUCUGCUGACACAAUGAUAUGACACGGCAGAAAAUGUCCCAUCAAAGAAUUCAUCACAGGAAGUGCACCUACACCACAGCGAAUGCACGAACAGGCCCCUAUAUAUAACCUGCAACUACCAUGUAGAUCAGAAGUUCAUCAGUACAGGCGAUAUUUAAUACCAACACAGAGUGCAACCAUGUUUACAACUUUCAGCAUCCAGUUCCUCACAGUAGCUUGCAUGAUGGGACUUUUAAUAUCAUUUGGGGCCGAGGCGGCACCUUUCAAAAGGCCAUCAAAUCCAUCAUCAUAUCGACUGGUCUUGGAUCCAGAUGUCAGACAUUCAUCCGACCCGAUUCGUCCAAUAAAUAAUGACUCCAUUUCUCCAUGGACUUACACGUUCACGCAUGAUGAAAACCUGUACCCUCAGCACAUUGCACAGGCCAGAUGUUUGCUGACCGGAUGUUUGAUCAAUGGCGUCGAGGUCCACGAUUAUCAAUCCAAACCCAUUAUCAGUCAAAUCUUGGUCCUGAGGAGAAUUCAUGGUGACAAGCAGAGCUACUCCUUCAGACCCGAGUAUAAAACCGUCUCGGUGGGCUGCACCUGUGUUCGGCCGCAUGUUGAAUAUGCUUGAACCUGGAGAUACAUUUUGUGCUGUUUGUGACUUAGAUUUUGUGUUUUCUACUCACAAAUAUCGGUAUUACAAGACUUAAUUUAUUCAUAAUGACAUCAUAAAUGUGUUUGCAUAUGUGGGCUAUUUAUUUAUUAUCACUAAACUUUUAUUUUAUUUGACAUUUAUGCUAAAUUUUGUGCUGUUUGUGACUUAGUGUUUUCUACUCACGAAUAUUAGUAUUAAAUGAAUUAAUUUAUUUAUAAUGACAUCAUAAAUGUGUUUGCAUAUGUGGGCUAUUUAUUUAU